AUGAAGGAAGCCUAUGUUGCAAAAGGCACCGUGGUCACCAUCAUUGACUCGACCAUCCCGCAGCCCAAGGCGGACGAGGUCCUGAUCAAGGUCGUCUAUGCCGGCUCCAACCCCAAGGACUGGAAGGUGCCCGAGUGGCUCGACACCAAUAUCAACCAGGGAGACGAUGUCGCGGGCUACGUCCACGAGGUCGGCAGCAAUGUGACCGAGUUCAAAAAGGGCGACCGGGUCAUGGGUUUCCAUGUCAUGCUCAGCCCUCACGGUGCCUGGGCCGAGUACAGCAUCGUGCCCGCUCACACCACGGCCAAGAUUCCCGACAACAUCUCCUUUGAGCAGGCUGCCGCCAUCCCACUGGCCGCUCUGACCGCAGUGGUCGGUCUAUACUCGCCCACCCGCCUAGCACUGCCAGAACCGAGUAACCCAGCCAAGGAAGACAUUCCUCUCGUCAUUUACGGCGCCGCCUCGGCCGUUGGCUACUACACGCUGCAGCUGGCGAUCAAGAGCAACAUCCACCCCCUGAUCUGCGUGGCCGGCAAGUCCCAAGACCACGUGCGCGGCCUGCUCGACCCCAGCAAGGGCGACGCCAUUGUCGACUACCGCGACGGCGAUGCGGCCGUGGUGGAUGGCAUCCGCCGCGCCCUGGGCGGGCGCAAGCUCCUGCACGCCUACGACGCCGUCUCGGAAAAGGGCAGCUACCAGAACCUGAGCCAGGUCCUCGAGCCCGGGUCCACCAUUACCCUCGUCCUGCCGGGCAAGCAGUACGAUGACAUCCCCAAACACAUCAAACAGACCGUCACCUCGGUUGGUUCCGUGCACGACGCCGAAAAGGACCUUGGCUACCGGUACUUCCGCUACAUUAGCGAGGGGCUCAAGGAGGGCUGGUUCAAGCCACAGCCUACCAGAGUCGUUCCUGGCGGUUUGGGAGGUGUGCAGCAGGCGCUCGAGGACCUCAAGGCUGGCAGAGUCAAUGCCCAGAAGCUUGUUUUUGAGAUUGCGGCAACUGAGGGUCUCGAGUCAUCAAAGAUUUAA